AUGUCAAAUUCUAGGUCUCGCUCCAGCCCCAAGAAAAAGAGAUCAAAGUGUAAAGCUGUAGACUCUGACGGGCAAGCGAAUUCAACCAAGAAGUUGCGGGCUGGGGCCGAGAUACCCCUGCAAUUACAGCAGCCAGAGUUUGUGGACAACACCCUGGCCACUCGAUGUACUGGGCGUGCAGGCGCCGGAACAGGAGAUGCCUCUCACACGUGCACCACCCAACGCAAGGGCACUACUUCCCUCGACUCAAACACUCCUGCGAACCCUCUUGCUCCAGAACAGCCUCGUAAGGGCCACGGGAGUCGCUCAAAGAAACCCCCUCCACCUCCUCCAUACAGCCCCUCAGAGACAGUGGAUCCUCCGAGUUCUAGAAAGCAGGGGAAGAAGGAUAAGAAGGAUAAGGCAAUGAAGAAGGGUGUUGUUCCUGCCUCUACUAGUAGCUGUGAGGUACCAAAUCUCCAACCCAGCUUUUUGCACCGCAAACCUGGGUUGCGGUUUGGAUUCAAGCAGUCCCUCAUCCCCCCUGGCACAGACAUUCAUUUGCAGGCUAACAAUACACUCGUAGCUGCCACACAGAAGCCUUCAGACCCCACAGAACGUCCUCCAGCCCCCAUAUAUCCAAUGCCAAAAGCACCUACCACAUCCACGUCAGUUAUGUGUCAAGCUGACACCUACUUUUACAAGAAUUUGGACCCUGCCCUGCGGUCAACUGCUGAUGUAUGUUUGGAAUCGCAAGACACUGCUUCUGAAAGUUCAGACUCUGAGACUACUGACAAUGGUGAUAAAAGUGAUGACGACAACAAGGAUAGCAGUAGUGGCGAUGACGACAACGAUGGUCAGGACGCUCAUGGAGACCAAGAAGUGGGAUGGGGUGUAGCGUAUGGGCGCCAUAGUGCUCAUCCCGCUCAACCAUCACAACCUCUUGUCACUACCGCCCUUCCCACUGACUUUGAAUUUCAACACUCGCGUGAUGAAGAUGAUAAUGCAGCAAUGAAGUCUUUAGUAGACGAUGUCAUAUCCAGCACUGACGAUGCUUCGACUCCGGUCGUACCUGCUGAUGUCCUACACCUUCACCACAAGCGAAACGGACGUCCCUGCCCUCCCAACCCUGUAAUCCUUGAUCUCUUAUGUCAGGCUGAGACAAAAGAUCUCAAGUCGAAAUCAAAGGCCAAAUCGAAAUCAAAGGCCAAAUCGAAAUCAAAGGCAUCACAUGAAGGGCCGAAGGCUACGCAGUUGGGAUGGUAUGGUCCCCGUUGGAAGAGUUUUCUCGAGUAUGCGAAGGGAGAGUGCCAUGUCCAACAUGCGAUAGAGAACCCAUUCCCAAAAUUUGUCGAUGAUUUGCCAGGUUCUGUUAAUGAGGCCCUCAUGUCUUCGCUUGUAGAGUGGCUUGAAGGGGGGAGUCUACUAGGUGUGUGGCCUGAUCGGAAACAUGAUAUGGCAAAGCUGCUUUAUGAAGAUUUAUCAACGUGGCGCUCAGAUCUCAAGAAGAUUGUAACUAGCAUCGCGCCAUCCUUAUACAACCUCAUCACGCCAUCUGACAUUCCUCCCCAAGAAUGUGCAGCCUGGGUUGAAGAGGCCGUAAUGAUGUUGCUAGAGGACUCCGCCUUUCUGCGCUUUGGUGUGGAUGAACUCGGCAAAACUCAAAAUGCAGCUCGCCCAGGCACUGCGCAAGGCUGUCAUUGCUUUCUUCUACACUGGCUCUUAUCGUGUCGCUCGCAGGAGACCUGUCAUAUUUCAGAAGCAGUUACCUUUGGAAUGCCUUGCUUUAGUUUGUACGGUGGUAAAGUUAAUUGUGUCCUUGAUGGCUUAAAGAGGAAUGGUAACGGCAAAUCAAUUCCAAAGUUUACUUCCAAGGAGUAUGGCGCUUUGUAUGAGUCAAUGUUCAAACUACUGAGAUGA